GCAAGUAAGGGCGUCCACGUCGUCGGUCGGCUUCCCACGCGCCUUUUGCUGCAGGGAUGAUCCAACGGUCUGACUCCCCCAGAUUCAACAUCACCGGCACCGGCGAGAAUAGAGAGAUGAGAUGCAGGGCCCCGUUCGUGCACGCGCUACACACGCGACUUAGAAUCUUCCUGGGAGACAGGAAAAAGGUGUUUUGCUUUUCCUUUUUCUUUUUCUUUAAUUGAUUGAUGAGAGAGAAAUCAGAGAUCCCAUCCUCGGAUAUCCUCGACGCGAAGGUUUCUUCCCUUCGCUUGCAGUUGCCCAGUUCGUUUUUUACUGGGUUUGACAAGUGUUCUCUCUGCUUCAAAUGGAAGAAGAAGAAGAAGAUAAAGAGAGCCUACUAUAUAACACCAACAGCUUUGGUGAAAUCAAGAUGUUCCACGGCAGCAUCCUCGACUUGAACAAGAAAAGGAAGUUGCAGUCCGAGCUCCUUGGCCUGCCCACACCAAAGCACACGUGCUUAGGUCGAGGCUCCGCACCAUCCUGCUCCACAUUCCAAGGCUAUCCUGAAUUAGGACAGCUCCAGCCAAUUGUAACAGCCAAGGCAACAUAUGAGGAAAUUGGUUCCGGACUCGAGUCUGCUGAUGGUAGCAACAGCUUCAUGGAGGGCUCUGUGUCGUCGACCAUGUCGGUGUCUGCCAAGUUACUUAGCACGCCUUCCACUUCAACUGCUAUCUGGAGCUCAGAGAAUCAAACAUAUUCCUCAGACAGUAACGAGGCAAAUGAAAUGGAGAUUAGGGCUGCGGAGGAGGACAUCAAUUCUCAGUCAAGGGGUGGGCCGAUCAAUCUUCGGCAAAUGCUGGAAGAGCAGCUACUAGAGUUUACCACCCAUGCAGACUAUAAUGGGAUUGAUUUGAUGGAGCAGUCUGGAGAUAACCGGACCGAAGAUGUACUUUAUUCCAGUGGCAUGAAUCCAAACAGUUAUGUGCUUUCCUCGGGAAGAUGGAUCGUCGAGCAAGAGGGCCAAGCUACUACAAGGAAACCAACCAUCGACAAGGAAUUCGAGCAGUACUUCUCCAUGCUCAUGCUGUAACCGCUGCUAAUUAAAUCGGAGUGUGUAAAUAUAUUACCUUCAUAUGAAUCAUUUGCGUGGUAACCUUCCAUGGUAAGGUAUCAAAGGAUGCUACGUAUUGAAUAACAUCUUGUAAACUGGAUUUGAUAAUGGAAAGUUGCCUUCUGUAAUUUUUUUUU